AUGGCGGGUACAAUGAAGCGAACGCGGAAGCUGCAGAUUAGCUGCGGGGACGAGGAGGACGAUUCGUUUCCCAGCCAUGGGCUAUGGGAGAUAAGGAAUGCUGACGUGGACAGCGGCUCGACGAUAGAGUCCAAGCCAGGCGGUGCUACUGGUAGUGGUAGCGGAGCUGCGCGGUCUAGUUUAGAGACGUCCUUAGUAAGAGAAAGCUCAGUGAUUCCUACUCCUAGCACCACCACCACCGUAACGACAAGCAUUGCCGACUUUAACUCGUCGGGAUAUGGCGAUUCGGUAUCUUCCGCUUGGGACCACAUUUUAGGAAGCGACGCGACUCCCACCGGAAGCGGCGGUCGCGGCUUGCAUGAUUCCCCUCUCACUCCCACCCCGCCAACUCCGAUACACGACAAAAUCCUCCAGUCCACGUCGAUCGAGAUCGGCCACGUCGGCACGCUGACGUGGCGCCAGCUGGCGGUUGACCGCGAUUUGAGGCUGAUUUCCUGGUGGCACCACGUGCCGCUUUACAGCCGCGACGGGCUGCUUAAUUUCGUCUGCGCGACGCCUAGAGGCUCGUGGAUUAAGUACGAGGUAGCUCAGAACGAGGAGUUCACCCCGCUUCGAAUUUCCCAGUUUCCUUCCACGAACGGUUACUCGAAGCCGGCGCAUUUCGCGGAGAACGCGACGCGGUUCACCCUAGGUUUUCUCCCGCAGACGUACGCGGACCCCGCGCAGCCCAACCCCGACUAUGGCGGCCUCGCGUACCAAGGCGGUCCGAUGGACGCCUUGCUGCUGGAUCUUAAUGACGCGUCGCGAGCCGGGUUCGCCUCGUCGGUUAGUCUGUCUAAUAGUAUGCUGCCGUCCCGCGAUUUGCGGACAGGGGAUGUGUGUCAGGUGAGAGUAGUCGGCGCGUUCGCGGUCGUACAGCAGAAGAGCCGCCUUUCCUGGAAGCUUCUUGCCAUUCCCGCGGCGCCGGCUAGCAGUAGUCGAGGUGGCGGUGUCGGUGAGGAUGACGUGGCUGAUCGGAUCAGUGACGUGGCAGACGUGCAUGCGCUGUUCCCGGGCCUGCUGGACGACAUUCGCGAAUGGCUGCGAUUCUGCGACUGCGUUGAUCCAGACGAUGAGGAGAACGAGUUCGGGCUCAACCAAAGGGCCGGCGCUGCUGACGUGGCGCUGGCAAUCAUUGCGCAGGCUCAUGCUUCCUGGCAGCUUCUCACGGACGACAGCCCGCCGCCCUCCCCCUGGAGCCCCGCCAACCUCGUGCUCUCGGCGCGUGUUCUCCAGGAAAAAUGGCGGAAAUACACUGAUCAGUAUUAUAACGAGGCAGAUAGUAAAGGAGAUCGGAAGAGUGGCAGCUGGGAGGGUGAGAGGGGGGGAAGGGCGUUCAGUGUGGGGAGCUUGGGAAGCUGGCAGGGGGGAGGUGGGAGUGGGAGUUUGAGUGGUGGUGGUGCUGCUGCUGCUCCUCCACUUAACCUCCCGUUUGUUCCAUUCAGCGAUCCCACCACCUCGAGGGCUGAAAGGAGGUUCGACAGGGCGUGGGAGGAGACAAGCAGAGCAGGCUCGUUUGCUGGCAGCAGCACCCGCUCGUUUUUGCAUGCCGCCACUGCUGCUGCUGCAAAUGGUGAUGCUGAUGGGAGUGGUGUUGGAAACGGCUUGCGGUUUGGCGGCUCUUAUAAGGAUUCUCGGGUCAGCUCUUACGGAGGAUCGUCCGAAGGGCCUACUAUGGUAGGGGGGGAGCUGAGGACUUGCAAGUCAGGCCCCAUGGUAGUGCGGUUUGGAGUGGUGGAGCGGGAGGAGAGGGAAGAGGGGAGUAAUUGGGGUAGGGAAAUGGAGGGAAAUCAGGAGGAAGAGGAGGAGGGGCACGGUAGCAGGUCGUACAGGUCGGUAGAGUGCGGUGGAAUGCAGUCUGAGGCACCAUAUGACACGUCACAUGGACCGACAUUUGGCAGCAGCACUGCAUUUGCGGCUGCUGGUGAUGGUGGGUGGAGGAUGAAGGCUCGUCGCAAGUCGGGGUCAUGGGAUUUCGGCAACAUGACUGUUGGAGGGGUGUGGAUACCCGACGCUCUAGCAGCGCGUAACAGCGUUACCACUGAUAACACAGUAACAUCUCUUGCCACUGCUGCGUUCGCUGACACUUCCGCCCCUGAUGAAAAUCUCAUUGCCACUGUAGCAGAGGUGACUAACGGUAACCGUGUAACACUAGCAGGUAACAAGGCACAAGCCACAGAGCACAGCAGAGGCUUCCCUCUCUUUAGACACAGCAGCUUGAACCGCGCCUUACUUAACGAUCACAGGACAGCAUUGGCCAGGCUCGGCGCGCUCUGGGGCACGGGAGGAGGCUCGGACCGACCUCCUCCAGAACCUGACACGCAGGUUCGGGAAUCCUCCAAGCCUGAUGGCGAGGUUCGGGGAUCUUCCAAGCCUGACGGGGCGGUUCGGGCAGUGCAGCGGCGGUGGGGAGGUUGGAGGUACGGGCCUAUGGGGGGGCGAAUGGCUGAAAGUCCCUCCGUGGGAGGUGGUGGUAUUGGUGGUGGCAGGAGGAGGAGGGGGACACAGGGCACCAACAACUGGCCAUCCCUCUCCUCAUCCUCGUUUGGAGACGCCUCAAUAGCAGACACACUCGAUCUCGCAUCGCCGCGCACCAGCCUGAGUGACGCCUGGGAUCAGGCCCUCGUCUCCUCUCUCGAUGAUGACGCGUCUCUGCUUUCCCUGCCACCCGUCCUCGCUUCUUUGUGGGAUACUGCAGGCGCAGUUGCCACUGGUGCUAUUGCUGGGUCAGUGAGGGGCGGGGAACAGCAGGGCGGAAGUGGUGGGGCGUGUGUAGCAUUGCAGACGAGGGAGAUUCUGGCGUUCUCUCACAGGCUUGUUGCUGGGGUGGAGGCCGCUGCCGCUGCUGCUGCCGUGGUCGCAGAAAGGGUAGGCGAAGCAGCAGCGACAACAGGGGGGGGAGGAGCAGCAGGAUCAGCAGCAGCAGCAGCAGCCAAGGCUGAGCAGGAGGGUGUAUGCAGCAUUGGCAACGGAAGGCAACAGAUAAAAACAGUUGAUUCAGGGUUAGGGAGUGGAGGAGAGGCUGGUGGGGCAUGCAGCAGGGUUUGGGCCCCCUUGGAGUGUAAUGCUUCUGCUGCAAGGAUGGACCCGUGUGACUGUAGGCUGGGUGACAGUAGUGGGAUGCAGGGCAGCAGCAGGAGUUUAGGAGCACGGCCCGUCACAGCAGCAUCGUCUAUAGCAUCAGUAGCUUCAACCUCUUCUGUGGUCACGGCCGCUGCUUGCCAUGGUACGGGCAUGGAAUCACCAAAAGCAGAGAUGAGAGGGAUGGGAGAGGACGGAACGGGAGUGGGAGAGAUCUCAUUGGGCAUCUCCCUUCCAACUACCCCGUCUCUCCCGUCCUCCCUUCCCUCCCCCACCUCCACCGUUUCCUCUGCCACCAUCAGCAUCCCCCGAACCUACAGCAGCUCUGGGUAUGGGUUGAGCCCGCCGAACCUAAGAGGGCAGGUGCGGAGUGAGGUGCUACAGUUGCCAGCAUGGGUGGAUGAGAGAUUAGGAGCAAGAGGGAAUGGAGAGGGUUCGGGGAUGGGGAGAGCGUGGAGGAGUGAGGAGUUGGAUGUGAGUGGGAAAGAGAGGGAGUGUGCAAUUCGGAGGAUUGGAAGCUUGGGGGAAGGUAGUGCGGUUGGGAGCGGUAUUAGUGAAACAGCCACGGCCACCGCAGCAGCAUUGGCAGCAUGGGGAGCUUGCACGGCCACUGCAGCAGCAGUAGUAGCAUUGGCAGGGCACCAGACAUCUAUGUCUGUUCACUCAUUGAAGUCUUCUGCACACCAUCUUUCCUUCAACGAGGCAGCUUAUACUAAGGCUCUGGACGGGGAUCAAUUCUCGACACCUGCUUAUAAAGGAGAUGCCACUCACGGGGAUAAUUGCGGUGGUUUAGGCCGGGGGAACGGGGAAGGUGUGGGGGAGAAGAGAGGGGUCCCAAGGGGUGGGCUGAAGCAGUCCUUGAGCUGGGAGGAAAGAGGAGGGAGCAAAGCCGUUUCGAUUUCUCAUCCCCUUUUGAAGGUGUUUCAAUCAGAGUUGCAGGGUGCAGAAGGGACAGAGUCGGAAGGGGAGGAGAGGAGGGAGCAAGCAUGGGAGAGGAAGAGGGAGGAGGAGAGGGAGAGGGAGUGGGAGAGGGAGAAGGAGCGGUUUGUGGUCGGGAGUGUGAGUUUCAGGGAGGCAGCAAGGAAGGAGGAGAGGGGUAGUGAGAGUAAAGGAGUUAUGGACAAAGAGGAUGGAGGUGUAAUGGCGACUGGCGGUUGUGUGGGUGGUAGUGCACAGGAGGAACGGUCUAGGAAGAUGAAGAGGCAGGUGUCAUUCAAUUCGGUUGUGAAGGUCUAUGAAUAUGACAAUGUGCAGUAA